UUUAAAUAGUUCAAAUAAAUAUAAAUUUUAAUAUAAUUGUGCUAAGUUUUAAAGUAAAGAAAAACUAACCAUUCAAGUUAAAAUUAAAGUAACAACAUGAAUAGUUUAGGAUGGGCCCUCAUAAUCAAACGCGGAUGCUUUUGCUCGAAAGAAACACUAACAAUCAGUGGGACCAAAUACACUGUUAAAGAUAGACUGGCACAGGGCGGUUUCAGUUUAAUUGACCUUGCGGAAAAUAGUAUCACCCGGAAAUUGUAUGCUGUUAAACGUAUCACUUGUCACAGCAUAGACGAUCAGAAUAUUGCAUUGCGUGAAAUAGAAAAUUGUAGACGUAUUGACUCCGAAAAUGUCAUCAAGGUGAUUGACUAUGAACUCAAGGGUUCAGCAGAUAUUGUGAUAAAUACAACGAGUACACUGUACAUUGUUUUACCCUACUACAAACAUGGCUCGCUGGCGGAUCAUUUGCAGCUGCGUGCUAAGAAACAGGACUAUAUGCCCGAGGCUCAGUUAAUGCAAAUAUUCUUAGGAAUCUGUGAAGGCAUAAGGGCAAUACAUGAGGCGAAACCUGUGCCUUUGGCUCAUAGGGACUUGAAGACGGCCAAUAUUUGCCUAUCGGAUUCCUUCGAACCCAUUAUUGUCGAUUUGGGUUCAAUGACAGAGGCCCGUCUGCAGAUAUGUGGUCAAUCGGAAGCUCAGCGUUUGCAAGAUGAAGCCGAAGAGCGUAGUUCAAUAGUAUAUAGAGCACCAGAAUUGUUUUCAGUUAAAUCAUAUUGUACCAUAGAUGAAAGAACUGAUAUAUGGAGUUUGGGCUGUGUUUUAUAUGCCAUGUGUUUCUUUCACUGUCCAUUCGAUCCCAUUUACGAAAAGGGCGAUAGUGUCGCUUUAGCGGUUUUGAGUGGAAACAUUAAUAUACCUGAAAGUUCCAUUUAUUCAGAGGACAUGAAUGAUUUAAUCCACUAUAUGCUACGCAUGGAUCCCAUGGAAAGACCGUUCAUAUAUAGUGUUAUUGAGAAAUGUCAUGAUUUAAUACAAAAACUAGAAGGACGUGUCUAGCAGCAUUCCAGGCAGUAUAAUUUUUUUCUUGUUCUUUUUAUAACUUUUAAACUUCUUUAUCAAUUUCCUUAAAUAUUAUUUAUUACAAAUAAGCAUAAUUAGUUUAAUUAUAUAAAAAGUAUUUAAAUUGUCCCCUUUUUUAAAAAAUGCAUUUGUAUGUGUAAAAAAGUAAAGCUUAACUAUAAUUAACAUAAAAAUGAUUAUACUAAUUAAAUAAUUUCUAAUUGUAUAAACAAACGAAUAAAAAAUAACCAAUAAUACCUGACAA